UUUAAAGACAAAGAAGGAGAAUAGAAAAAAAUCAAUGUAAACAAUUGGCAAAACACAAAAAUUAGUUAAAAUUUCACAAACAUAUUAAAAGUAUCUAUUAAAAAUGGGUUUAAUAGAAACAACAAUACCAAGUCGUGAUAAAAUAACUCUAAUUGUUCCAGUAUUUCCGGAAAAUACCACAUUGCCAUCGAUAGAAAUCCCUGAAGAAGGUAGCUUUUAUAUACUAAUACCACUGGGAGUGCUUCUGGGCAUUGUAAUAUUAGCUUUAUUGGUGUGUCUGAUGGCCAGCCAUAGAAGGAAUUUGGUUCAUAUGUACUGCAAGAAGCGACAAGCAAGACGUUUCCUUUAUGAAGAUAAUGAAUAUGAUUCUCCUUUGGAACAAGAUCCCGAUGCUGUGGAGGAAGAAGAAGAUGAAGUAGACAAUGAAGAUAAUCCCACAAAAAGUUUACUAAGAGGAAAAUUACAAAUUAAUAAUCGUUAUGAAAACUAUUUGAGUACAUCACAUCUCAACAGAUCUUCCGAUAUAUUUACUUAAUAUGCCUUAUUCCAGUAUUAUUAACAAGAACAGUAUUAAAUGAAGAAAACAACAGCUGCUAGUCAACACAAAUAUAUCUUUUAAUGCACCCAAACCGAAAAAAAAUAUCAAACAACGUCAACAAUUAACGAACAAUUAUUGUAUUAAAUUUUAAAGUAAUAUUUAGUGAAAAUUUAUUAAAUAUAUUUAUUCAAUUAUUUUAGAAAGUAUAACAAAACAAAAAACUAAGCAUUGUUUGC